AAUUUGAAAGGAGGAACUGGCCGUUUGAAUUUAGAAGUUCAAACUACUAAAUCCAUUUUUGAUAAAAAAAAAUAGCUUAUUCAUUCUUUUCUUAGUACAAAAUUGAAUGCAACCCAACAAACACACAUUAACUAACACACUCUUUCACCUCUCUCAAAUUUAAAACACACACACACUGUCCUUUCCUUUCCUUUCUUCUUCACAAGAGAGAGAAAUAAUAAUGACAGGACUUGUCAUGGUUACAAGAGGCGGUGGAUGCGGUGGUGGAAGUAGCAAAAGGACACGAGCAACACGAGCAGCUGAAGAAGAAGAACAAGAACAACAAAAUCAGCUUUCACUUGUAGCUUUACUUGUAGCAGCAAUUAGAAAAUCUAUGGUAGCAUGCAGAGUAGAUAGACCAGAUCAUGAAGUCAUCUCAACCGUUCAUCAAAUGGAGAUCGGAUGGCCAACUGAUGUUCAGCAUAUUACUCAUGUUACCUUUGACCGUUUUAAUGGCUUUCUUGGUCUUCCUGUUGAGUUUGAAGUUGAGAUCCCUGGUCGUGUUCCAAGUGCUAGUGUAAGUGUAUUUGGAGUCUCAGCAGAAUCUAUGCAGUGUUCUUAUGAUACAAAGGGAAACAGUGUUCCGACUAUUCUCAUGCUAAUGCAGGACCGUUUAUAUUCACAGGGAGGACUAAAGGCUGAAGGUAUAUUUCGCAUAAACCCAGAAAAUAGUAAAGAGGAGCAUGUGAGGAACCAGUUGAAUAGUGGUAUUGUGCCUGAUGACAUUGAUGUCCAUUGCUUGGCGGGACUAAUCAAAGCGUGGUUCCGAGAACUUCCUUCUGGGGUGCUAGAUGGACUUUCCCCUGAACAAGUUCUUCAAUGCAACACAGAAGAAGAAUCUAUUGACCUUGUGAAGCAGCUAAAGCCAACUGAGUCUGCCUUACUCAGCUGGGCUAUUGAUCUCAUGGCUGAUGUUGUUCAAGAGGAGGAGUAUAACAAAAUGAAUGCAAGAAACAUUGCAAUGGUUUUUGCUCCAAAUAUGACUCAGAUGUCGGAUCCUCUAACUGCUCUAAUGCAUGCGGUUCAAGUGAUGAACUUGCUCAAGACAUUGAUAACGAAAACCCUUAGGGAACGUGAAGAAACAGCAACAGGUGGAUAUUCACCUAUGUCCUUUCGCACAUCAUUUCGCCGGUCAGAGGAUGAAUACGACAGUCAGCGAGAAACAGAAACGGGUGGAUAUUCACCCAUGUCCUUUCGCUCAUCAUAUCGCCCGUCUGAGGAUGAAUAUGAAAGUCAACGGGAAAUGGACGCAAGCGGUGAAUUGAGACAAACCAAAUCAGAAAGUCAACGGGAAAUGGAUGCAAGCGGUGAAUUGAGACAGACCAAAUCAGAAAGUCAACGGGAAAUGGAUGCAAGCGGUGAAUUGAGACAGACCAAAUCAGAUUUUGACGAUCACACUCAUUACAGAAAUAGCAGUGAAGAGGAAUUGGAGGCUGAAUCUCUGAGUGAGAUAGAAGAAUGCUUCUUAAAAAAAUUGGACGAGCACACCAAAGAAUUCUCAGAAGAACCUAAAGAUUAUGUACAAGAAGAGUAUGUGAGCUCCAAAAGUUGCUGUGACUAUAGUGUCGUGGAACCUGCUGAAUCAAUUACUGAUAUCAAAAUUGUGAAGUGCUGCUUGAGUUCCGACAAAGAAAACCUAAAUGCUGACACAACGAUUCCAUUGCUAGGAUGGAUAGACACCGAAAAUGUGGAGAUGGUUGAUAAGUUCACAGAUUCUGUUUCGCCAGUGCCGCCGCUGCUUUCAUCUAGCUAAGAACUUGUUUCCAUUUUAGUAGUUUUUGAAGUACCUUGUUUCAGAUUUUGUCUGUACAAGCAGGUGUGCUUGUUUGUGUAAAUGAUUACUACAUGAAAUAGGAACUGUUUGCUUAUUGUGGAUUGUGCUAAGAUUAUGUUCAGUUUAGGGCUGAAUUUGAGCUGGUUUUGUAUGUUUCUGUACUUGACAACUCUGACAAUGACAAAUGGGGGAUGGAUGGCUAUUGGGUAAGGAGUGGCCACAUUUUCAUAUUUCACUUAGGUGAAAGUUCUAAGCAUAGGGUUGAUUGAUUUAGUAUGAGAUGAUGCUUGCUGUUUAUCUUGUUUAUGAUCAUAAUUUGACAUAUAAA